AGGCUACUCUAACCGCUGAGGGUGAGUCCGUAUACAAGUGCAACGCGUGUGCGAAUUCAUCAGGCAUUGAUAUGGAUCCUACCAAUUCACCAGGAUCUCCAUCUAAUGAAGGAGCUAAUGAAGGAGCUACGAGUUGUGCUUCAUCCAACAGAGAGGUCUCUCCGCUUAUAUCUGUGAGUAAUCAGCUUGAAGCUAUUAGACACAAUGGACAAUGCACCGUGCAGUUAAUUGAGUCCCUUGUGGAUAUGGUAACAAAUCUGGCUAAAGAGGUCGCCCAUCUCAAAAAUGAUAACUUGCUGCUGAAAGAGGAAAUUAGGAAUCUGCAUAGCCACGUUGAAGCCUCACCCAGGCCCCUUAGGGAGCAGCGCAUUCUGCUGGCAGAAACAUCCCGCAAGGAAGCGGCCAGCAACCAGGGUAUGCCUUCAGCUGCCUCUCCACUCAGGCCUCGCCUGCUGUACCUGCUGGGACAACCUUGUCCUACAGGGACGUCGCUGUGGUUGGGGUUUCACCCCCUGGGCCUACAGCGCUACCUGAUCCUGAUGGAUUUAAAACCGUUAGGUACAGAAAUAGGACCACCACCAGCACUCCUGCUGCAGGUGCUGUUGUCAACAAAGUUAAGCUUCCCAGACAGCCCCUCAUCAGUAUUAGUUACUCGCAAUCCUUGCUGGUCGUCAAAAAAGCUGAAAGAUCCAAGGGACUAUUUGUCUCUCGGUUUACCCCGAGGUUACUGCGGAUGAUGUGCACAAAUCACUGAAGGAUCAAUUGAGUCUAAAACAGUUGGUCUGCACCAGACUCAAAACUAAAUUCAACUCGUACUCUUCCUUUCACAUCUCUGUAUUGGAAGACGAAUUUGCUCUAAUAAAUAGCCUUCUGGUUGCUUGAUUGCUCCAUAUUAUGGUAAGCUUACCGGGGACCAGAUAUUUACC